GCGCGGCCAUAUAUAGUGGGCGGGGCGGCGUGCUUCCCGCUCAGUUGGGCUGGGACUGGACGCGGAGCGACUUGCAGUUAUGAACGGGCGCCGGGGCUGGUGCACGCUGGUGGAGGUGCAGCCGGACGUGGAAAGCCCGGAUAGUGUGACGGUACUGCGGCUGACUCUGCAGAAUGACCCGUCGGGCAGCUGGCGGGAGCCAGUUAAGCAGAAGCCAGUUGGAAAGGCCUUUGCCAUGGUGGCCAACAAGUCAACCAACAGUCACUCCCUGGCUUCAGAAUGCAUCAAAUCCAAUGACGGCCACGAGGAGAUCAUCAAGGUUUACCUCAGAGGAAGGAGUCAGGAGAAGGCAAAGCCAGAGGAAAGCAUCAGCCAGCUGAAGAGGGACGUCCGUUACGUCCAAGAGGUCACGCUGGAAAAACAGAAUGGAGUCUGGCACCCCGAGAGCUUGCAUACCAGCUCUGUGGGCCAGGAGGAGGAUUAUGUGGGUGAAGACGUGGAGAAAAUCCGGGAGACAGCAAAGAGACUGUUCACGAGGCUGCAGGAAACAGAGAAGCGACACCAGUUGGACAGGAAAGCCUUUGAGACAACUGUGUCUCAGUACCAGAGAGAAGUUGAGCAAAACACAGCAGCUCGAGGGAGAGCAGAGGAAAGAGCAGCGGCGAAGGAAGCAGAGGUGGAGGAGCUGCAGCGGCUUGUGCUGGGCAUGGAAAAGGAGCAUCAGAGUCUGCUGAAGAAGAUGAAGGAAAGCGAAGAUGAGCUGGAAAAACUGAGGAGCCUGGAAAGUGAUCGGCUCACUGAGCAGGAGAGGUCGGCCAAGCUGGAGAAGGAAGUGGCUAUGCUGCGGGAGAAGAUCCAUCACCUUGAUGACAUGCUGAAGAGUCAGCAGCGCAAAGUCCGGCACAUGAUCGAGCAGCUGCAGAACUCAAAAACAGUGAUCCAGGCCAAGGAUGAGAUUAUCCAAGAACUCAGAGAGCAAGUAGCCCACCUGACAGCUGAGAAUCUGGAGAUGCACGAACGCAUUGAUCACCUGAUUGAGAAGCAAAUCAACCUUGGCAGCUCCAGCUUCAGCUCCCGGCCACGUUCAAAAUCGGAGUACGUGAGCAGCAAGAGUCUGGCGGGUCCCCUGAAACCCAAACCGCUCCCUCUCAUCAGAGUGGUGGAAACCUGAGCAUCCUGGCAUUGCUUUUGACCUGUGGGGACUCCGUUUGCUGCCUCUGACCCGAUCUUCCCCCUUCCCUGCCAUUCUCCGGCUUCGUGGCCACUGCUGCCUCCCUCUGCUCACCAGACACGGAGAGAACUGUAGCACUUCAAGGAACAACGUGCCACCUCCAGCGCUAGCAGAGCUGCAAGUUAUUGAUGCUUCUGCUUGUCUCUGCUGGGCUCCAGUGUGCAGCAGGACAUGCUCGUUGGACAGGGCAUGUGUAGUGUAUCUGGCAGGGGCUGACCAAUGGGUGUACAUACAAGACUCCCUGAGCCCAAGAGCAUCCCUGCUACAAGUUUUCCCAGUCACAUGCUGAAGCCUGGUAUUGCUCUAUGAGGAGUCCUGUGCUACGCUGGACUCCCACCUUCAGCUAACCAGCUAAGACUUCUGGUUUUCAAUCCUUCUGUAAAAGAUCUGCUUCUAGGCUCCUCCUAACGUGGCACGACACCACUUCCAGCUUGGAGCCUAGCGCACAGCAAACCCAUCUGCCCCAACAUACCGUCCUCGGAAAAUUCAGCUACUCCCUUCUAUUCUGGACCCAGCAGAAGAGAGGCGUGGCAGUAUCAAAGCACCUAAGAUGCCUUUCAGCAACCCCUUUCCCGAGUGCGUACAGAUUAGUGGCACCCGUGGUAGCUAUUGAAGCAGCAGGGGUUUGGUUUGCACUUGUAUUUAUUCCAGUAAAUUAUUAUUGUCUCUAGAGUAGGGGCUAAUGCUGUAGCUUUCGGCAGUGUGUUUAGGGAGUGCGUGUUUCUUAGACAGAGUGGAAAGUGCUAGCUAGCAGGCUUGACUGCUAUUCUCUGACUUGCAUGUGAUUGGGAAAGGGAUGGGCUUCUCUUGUUCUGCAUCAGCCACAGAGGAGCACUAUCAACACCCAGUACAGCCAGUGUGUAGAACAGCAAAAUCCAGUGCUGCCAAAGGCACCAAUCGAACGGCUCCAUGCAGAAAACCCUGUGCCUUAACUCCUCUGUGUCCCAAUGAGCUGUAGAGGAUUGAAUAAAUUACUGGUACACAUCUGG